CAAGAAGGUAUAACGGUGCUUCAUAAGCUGUCGUGUUGACUAAAUUAGAUUAAGCGAGUGUGUUGUGCAAUAUGGGUGUAAACUUAAAAGAUGAAGAAGAAGUGAAGCAAUACUUACAUAAUUUAGGCAUUGAAUAUCGUUUUGGUUGCUAUCAAGAAAAGAAACCAGAGGUAUGUCAUUUGUUGGGGGAUUACUUAGAAGCCAUCAAGAAGGAUUUUGAUAAAGCAGCGAAAGUGUAUAAAACUAACUGUGAUGACUAUAAUUUUGGUAAAAGCUGUCAGAAAUUUGGAAAUUAUUCAUUUGUUGGGAAGGGAAACACCACUAAAGAUACAGAAGUUGCAUUUAAGUAUUAUAAAAAGGCAUGUGACCUGGGUGAAACAAAAGCUUGCUUUAAUGUUGGCGUUUUAAACAUUCUAGAUACUAAAAACAGUAGGAAAGAGAAGGACUAUGCUUUAGGGGUAGCUUCACUACACAAAUGUUGUGAUGAUAACGACGCGCACUGUUGCUUUUAUGUCAGUACUAUGUUUUUACAGGGUCUGAAAAAUGGUUUCAUUGAGAAAGAUAUGGCUAAAGCUUAUUCAUUUUCAUUAAAAGCUUGUGAUCUAGGUAGCAUGCAGGCCUGUGCAAAUGUAAGUCAGAUGUAUCAGAGGGGUGAUGGUGUUGACAAAAAUGAAGAUUUAGCCGAGAAAUAUAAGAAAAAAGCACUGGAAUUGCAGCAACAGACAUUCAAACAGCAGCAGCUGGAGUUUCAGCAAGGGACAGAGCGUGUGUAAUUGAAUGUUAUGUAGAAGCAAAGCAGAUAUUUAUCGAAAUCAAGUACAUACUUAAUAAAUAGGCAUGCUGUUUCAAAACUUCCUAGCAGGACAUUGUAGCACCUGUGUGAUUGGGUUGCAUAUUGCUGGGCAGAAUAAAACACAGAAUUACUUUUGGAAUAUGCAUUAAAAAUGGACUACUCAUGCUUAUGGCAAUUUGAGAUGUACAGACAAUAAUUGUCAAUAGAUAGUAUUCUUAUCACAAUAUAUUAUCAGCUCUUUGUAGUUUCAUGAAAACGAACUGAAUGUAAAACAUUUGUACUGCCUGUAAAAUGUGGAUUAUUCGCUCUGGUGAAUUUGUUUUGGGUUUCAGUAAGACUGUAGGAAACACAGUACCGCAACAACAGGACACAUCUCUCUUUGUGUACUAAUAAUUGAGCAUAUUUGUUCUGUGUUGACUGUAACUAUUGUCAACAGAGCAUUAUUCUAGACUGUCAUGUAUAAGAUCUCUCUUUACACAUCUGAAUAUCAAAAAUGGAUUAUUUUUAUGUUGGUGGCAAAAAAGAACAGAAAAAUGUCUAGACCACACGUAUUAGAAUGUCAAUGGAGGGUUAGGUAUUGGAUCUUGGUUGUGAGUGGAUUUUUACUUAUGAUGGGAAAAAAGGUUUGUUUUGUUGCUGAAUGAUAGUGACAGGCUAUCUACAUGCACAGGUACAUCAGUAGCCCUUGUAACUGUGACUCUUUGUAUAUCACUGCCAGCCAUACACUGAGGCAUGGUAUGUUAUUGUUCUUGCUAAUUUCUCACAAGUGUUGAAAUGCUAUGCUCAGUCUUAGCAGUUUGUAUCCCAUAUCACACUGCAUUUGUACAGUUUUAAUAGUGCUUUUCUUUUUUAUUAUUAUUUUAUCAAAUUGCCAUAUUCAAGUGGUUCACAUACUUUUCUUUUGUCUAUUAACAUAUUAUUUUGUGUCUUUGAAGCAGUGUGCUGCUUUUACAGAGGAAGCUUUAAAUAUGCAUUUUGUAGUGAAUCUAUCAUUCUAGUUUUGGAUAAUAUGAUAUGACAUUUACCUCCACCACCAUUUGUUUCAAAUCGUAUUUUGAUAUUUACCUCAGUAAAGUUGUUAUAUUAAUUAUUAACAUUUGGACAUACUGUAGGCCUACAGAAAUUGAUUGCCGUUUUUGUUCAUUUUUGGUUUGGUCUGUAAUGGACCAUGAAAUGCUGGCUUCAAACUCUGAAGUCCAACUUCAGGAAAGAUGUGGUUUACAUUCAACUCUGUGGUUAUUAAUGGGAUUUAAUUUUCUGUUGGUCUCUGAACUUAUUGGAAUUAACAAAAUAGUUAUAGAGGAAGUAGUAUAUUAAUUAAAUAAUAAUUAUGGUAGUUGGUGUUUGAGAGACUAAACUUUUUUGUCAUUAGUCACUUUGAAUGAAACCAUCAUCAGCAUUCAACUUCAGUUCUUGAGGGAGGUAGCAUGCCUAUUUUACAUGCCAUUGACAGAAGAGUCCUGUCCAAAUGAAUUAGAAUGUUAUUGAAGAGAAUAUUGAUUUCUUAGUUUCAUAUCUGUGUGAAAAUAGAAAGUAGUGACAAAGACAGUGCGGGCUGAAAUCAGUUUCAUUGGAAGUAUUUGCAGUAUAUUGAUUGCCAACUGCAUUUUUCCAUAAUUUCAUUUUAGAUUGAUUGUGGGCUAUCUUUAGAACAUUUCUUCCUCUUUUAUGAUACUUUGCAAUUAGAUAACUGUUAUCCUUUACCUGUAAAAGAUGUAAGGGUGUUUGUUUAGAGUAUGCUGACAAGAGUGUUUGUUUAGAGUAUGUUGACAGUGCAACUUGUUCUUUGCUGUUGGAAACAUGUAAUUUGUUGUAUUGACCUGUGUUUACAUUUCAUGUAUUAGUCCAAAGCAGUCUGUAUUUCCUACACUAUGAAAGAUAGUUGUGUAUGAAAUUAGAAUACAAUAAAUCUAUAAAGGCACCAUUUCACUAGCAGGCAGCAGUAUCAGAUGUACAAAAUGGUGAAGCCACACGAGCUUUCUGAAUUUACUUUUCUUGGAUCUGAAAAAAAGGGGUGAGGUGAGAAAAGGUGAUUAGGAGCUUUUGAAGACUAAGGAGAAAAACAUCCAGGAGCAUGGAUUGAGAAAAUGACAGUGGGCAGGAAGAAAUGAAAUUUGUCAAUAAAAUGCCAACAAAACAUUAUAUUUGAAUGAAUAUAUAAAAAGCUAAAAAUGAGAGAGAAGAUAAUUAGAAAAUCAAGAUUGGACGUUAUGGGGGCCACAUGUUUUUUUAAUUAUGGCAGGCAAGAACAAUGACAGCAUUCUUCGUGCAAGAAGCUAUGCAUUGUCAAUGUAGUAGACUUUUGUUAAAACUCGUUCAUUCUUAUUAGCAGUGGCCCACUUCUUGUUUUCUCUUCCCUAUGUUUUUCUCAGUGUGGGAGCAGCACACUUCAAAAGCAUGCAGGAGUGAGGACAUUUGCGUAUACCUGUUGAUCUGAGUUCAGUGUUUUAAUUAUUUUUUUUUUAA